AUGGGUCAGAUGAGCCGUAUGCAGAAGAGCAGUGCUGAGGCCCCGCUGCCGAAGGAGAAACAGACCCUGUUCGUCGGCCAAUUCCGCAAAACCAAGAUGUGCCGUUUCCACGAAACCGGACGAUGCCGCUACGGAGAUCAGUGUCCCUUUGCCCAUGACCCAUCAGAGCUCGAGGAGCUGCCAGAUCUUCGCAAGACUUCGAUUUGCAAGAAUUGGAAGCAGGGAUGCUGCACCUACGCCUCAGAACAGUGCCCCUUCGCCCAUGGCAAAGAAGAACUACGGAAGACGCCUCCCUUUGGACGGAGGUCUGGACAGGCUGGGAUCUUGCGGAAGGACAGCUUCGAGGGUUCAGGGAGCGAUGCAUAUGCUUCGACAUCGGACGGGUAUCGGAGUGGAUCUGGAUACUUCGACAUUGACAGGCAGUCCUCUUCAAGCUUCGAUGAAGAGCCUGUAAGUCCUGCACGGACAGACUGGCAUGGUUGCCUCGUGAGGAUGUUGCGGCAAUUGGCUGUGUGCACGUCUCUGGCCCAGCUCGUUGAGCUUUGGCACCUACUGGUGCAGCUAUGA